GCAGAGAGACAAGCUACAGUGAGGUAGUUGACCCCCCACUGACAACAUGCGCCAGACGGGAAAGACAGUGAAGCUCAGUAAGUUCAGGGUGCCAGUGGACCUGGGACACGGCAUCCUUACAUCAGUGAGGAACACGGACCCGGUUUUCUGGCAGCGCCCUCCAUCGUGACUACCUUCCUACCCUACCUUACCUCCUACUUACCUACUUACCCUAUCACGCGCAUGUGCUGAGAGCGCGUACGACGGGUUUCUGUUUCCACAUUAGGACCCGACCGCCAUUGGGUUUGUUGAAAAGGACCGGCAACUACCUGACCUGACCUUCCACUCCUCCAUCGUGACUGCCCUCUUUCCACUUCUCUGCUGCUGCAACACAUCCUCUCUUUCCCCGCCGCAACCCUCAAUCUUUCCAAGCUUCUAGUUCUUUCGAUUCAAUUUUCUUGUGAUGCCUUCGUUGGAAGACUGCGUACAAGCUCUGCCAACACAUACACCCGACGAUGUGGCGAGCGUGAUGAAGGGUGCCGAUGCGGGUACUGUGCCAGCGCAGAAAGAUCCAAAUGGAGGAGGACAGCCAAAGGCGGAACGACCUGGACUUCCACGAUUCACAACCAGCAAAGAAAAUGUUCUAGCGCAGUUCUUCAUAGGUGCCAUUGACCAGGGAACGACCAGCACCCGAUUUAUCAUAUUCGAUGGCACCGGUUCUCCAGUUGCCAGCCAUCAGCACGAAUUUACACAGCACUAUCCUCAGUCGGGAUGGCAUGAACACGACCCUGCGGAGCUCAUUGCCAGUGUCGAGAAUUGCAUGAAGAGAGCCACGGCAACGUUCACAGACCUCGGCCACAACAUUAGCGACAUUCGAGCAGUAGGAAUCACCAAUCAGCGGGAGACCACCCUCGUAUGGGACGUGGAGACUGGAGAAGCGCUGCACAACGCAAUUGCCUGGCCAGACACGCGAACGAAAGGUCUCGUCAGAGAGCUUCAGAAGAAAGAGGAAGAGCUUGGAUUGAAGUUCUCCGAGCUGACAGGCAUGCCCAUCUCGACCUAUCCUUCUGCCGUCAAGUUGGUGUGGCUGCUGCGACACGUUCCAAAGGUGAGGGAAGCAUACGAUGCUGGGCGAUUGGCUUUUGGCACUGUCGAUACCUGGCUGCUCUAUAAUCUGAACGGGAAGAAUAAGGACUACUUUGUCACGGAUUCUACGAAUGCAUCCCGCACCAUGUUCAUGAAUUUGCACACCGUAAAAUAUGACCCGAAGCUGUUGGAGUUCUUUGACAUUGACAUUGGCAAACUCAACCUCCCUCGCAUCGUGCCUUCAUCAGAUGCCCAGGCUUAUGGUCGUAUCGCUUCAGGUCCCUUGGCUGGCAUGAAGAUUGCUGGCUGUCUCGGAGAUCAGUCUGCAGCUUUGGUGGGACAGCAAGGUUUCACGCCCGGAUCGGCGAAGAACACGUACGGUACAGGAUGUUUCCUGUUGUACAAUGUCGGUGAGACGCCUGUCGUGUCGACACAUGGUUUGCUGGCCACAAUCGCAUACGACUUUGGAGGCAAACGAAAGCCCGUGUAUGCGCUCGAGGGCUCCGUAGCUGUAGCGGGAUCAGGCGUCAAGUUUCUCAUGAAUAAUAUGGGAUUCAUUACGCAUUCACAUAAGAUUUCCGACUUGGCGGCAACGGUCGAAGACAAUGGUGGCUGCGUGUUUGUCACGGCUUUCUCUGGUCUCUUCGCCCCUUAUUGGAUCGACGACGCCAAGGGAACCAUCUUUGGCAUCACGCAACAUACUCAACGCGGACACAUUGCCCGAGCUACGUUGGAAGCGACAUGUUUCCAAACCCGAGCCAUUCUAGACGCCAUGGAGAAGGACAGCGGCCACAAACUUUCGGCCUUGGCGGUCGAUGGCGGAAUGUCCAAUUCCAACCUGUGUAUGCAAGCACAAGCCAACAUUAUUGGCAUCUCUGUUGAUCGGCCUGCUAUGCGUGAAACCACGGCUUUGGGUGCAGCCAUUGCUGCUGGUUUUGCAGUUGAUAUAUGGAAAGAAUUUGAAGAGCUCAAGGCGAUUAAUCAAAAGGAUCGUGUGAUAUUUAGUCCGGACUGUACUCCGGAGGUGUCGAAGAAGAUGUUCAAGAAGUGGAGUCGGGCGGUGGAGAUGUCGAGAGGGUGGUUAGAUCCUGACGAGGCUGGGGGUGAAUUUGAGGAGCACUAAUGAUGAUGAUGAUGUUUCACGCAGAGAAUGUGGUAAUGUGACGAUGUAAAGACUUGAAGACGUAAAGACUUAAAAGACUUAAUGAUGAUGGAUCAGCCUACCAAGUGUCGUGUUGGUGAAGAUUUGUUAUUGUUGU